AUGUCUAAUAAUCCAAGAGAAGCACUAUCAAUUGAACAAAGAGUUGCAAAUCAAUCAGAUUUAGAUGCAUUAACAUGUCCUAUAUGUUUGUCUCUAAUGACUGCACCAAUCAAACAAUGUUUAUCUGGUCAUCUUGGUUGUGAGAGUUGUUUGGAUCGUGUAGCAAGAUCAACUGGUACUUGUCCACAAUGUAGAACACCUAUUUCAAAUGGAAGAUUGUCAAGAUCAUUACUUGCUGAUCAUAUGUUAUCAUCACUAAGGGUUCAUUGUGUAAAUCAAUUCAAAUAUAGUCAAGAAAGUAAGAAAUGGGAAAAAGAUGCAAGAGGAUGUCAAGAGAUUACAACUGUUGCUACAUCCAAUGAUCACAAGACUAUUUGUAGAUAUAAUCUUUUAAAAUGUGGACAUCAAGGAUGUGAUGUUGAAGUAUUAAAAGAUGAUAUGCCUGGUCAUCGUGCUCAAUGUAAAUACCAAUCAAGAGAAAAGAUAUCAUGUCCAUUUGGUACUGAUGUGUGUGCUUAUACUGGAACAAAGACAGAAGUUGAUCAACAUAUUCUAGGUUCAUUAUCAAAUCAUAUUAAAGCCAACAAUCAAAGAGUGGAUGAAAAAAUUAAGUCAAUGGAACUAUCAUUUGAAAAAAAGUUUAAGGAAUUAAUCAAGGUACAACCUAUUGGUAUUAAAAUAACCACAAUAACAUCGAAUCUAUAUUAA